AUGACUCUAUCGCUCUUCCCCCAGGGAGGAUGGGAUGUACAUCAUCACAUUUUUGAACCGGAAAGAUUCCCCUACGCACCGGAUCGUCAUUUGACCCCGCCUCCGGCUACUGUUGAGAGAUACAACGAAUUUAAGAAAAGCCUUGGUCUUUCCAACUCCGUCUUGACCCAUGGGCUGUCUUACGGCGCUGAUUGUACAAGUCUCACGAAGUUCAUCGCCGAGUUGGGGGAAAAGAAUACCCGUGGCAUAGGAGUCAUUGAUCCCGAGACCGUCACUACUGACCAGCUCCAAAAGAUGUAUGAUGAUGGUAUACACGGUAUCAGGGUCAAUCUUUAUCGCUACAACGCAAUGCAUGACGUGGAACUGCAAAAGAAGGCCCUCAUCGAACAUGCGCACGCGCUUAAGGGUCGAUUCCCCGCCUGGAGUAUGGCUUUUACCCAACUGCACCCUGAAUUCUGGGUGAAGCUCAAGCCUGUUAUCACCCAACAAAUAGCUCCCUUGGGCGGUCGCCUCGUAACCGAUCAUUUUGCACUCUUCAAGGGGGCAAGCCUUUUGCCUCCUGAGUUGCACGGCGACGUCUUUCGGCAAGAGGGCUUCCAAGAGCUGAUCGAUUUGGUUCGAGAUGGAAUUUUGUAUAUCAAGAUCAGUGCCCCCUAUCGUGUCAGCAAGGAAGCUCCAGAUUAUGAUAAUCUCAAGCCGCUUGUUCGCGCAUUCAUGGAUGCCAAUCCAAGACAAGUCGUGUGGGGUAGUGACUGGCCCCAUACACCUCUGAUGAAGGUCAGAGCGCGUGAAGAAGCGCUUACGGAGACUCCAUAUUUAGAAGUGGACGAUAUGAAGUGGCUCCAGAGCCUGCGGAAAUGGCUCUCCGAUGAUGAAUGGCAUCAUGUGAUGAUCCUGAACCCGCGACGUCUUUAUGGAUUAUAG